AUGGUUAAGCGAAAUUCUACUAAAGAAAAAGAAAAAGUUCCAAACACUAAGAUUGUUCAUAUCAAUGGAACAGUGGAAAAAGUUUAUCUGAAAAACCAUGGAAAGAAGACUUUCACUAGUGAAUAUAAAGGCGUUCGCCGUAGGUCAUGGGGAACAUUUGCUGCUGAAAUUCAUGACCCAUUCACCAAAAAAAGACUUUGGCUUGGAAGUUUUGAAAGAGAAGAAUUAGCUGCUGUGGCAUAUAGUCAAAAGUUUGAUGAGUUUCAAAGAAAGAAAGCUGAAUUUGCAUCAAGGGAGGAUAUGGAUCUUAAUCAACCAUGUAAUGAGCAUCAUUAUAACUAUGAUGAACCUCCCUCCGAUGAUGAUAACUUUGGUGGUAAUUCAAAUCAAAUGAAUUUAGGUGUUCAAGGCAUGCAAGAGAUUCAACCUUUAAUUCAUUAG